AUGGAGCUCUACCGCGCCUGCUAUCGCAGCAAAAUCAAAUGGGACAACAUGCGCUUGCCCCUUCCCGACGAGAUCGAUCGCACAUUGCUCAGGAUCCGUCGGAUCAACCGCAAGGCUGGUGUUACCGGAGCGCUUCUGCUGGUGGAUCAACACGUCAUUCAGGUUCUGGAAGGCCAAACCGGCCAAGUUCUGGACACGGUCUACUGUGUCAUGAACGAUCCGCGCAUGAAUGAUAUCGAAGGCAUCAUCCACGAGCCGGUCGAUUUUCGCCUGUUUCCAAAUUCACUUAUGUUCUUCCGGGAUCUGACUGACGGCAUCGCGGCAUCCAACCAUCCGGUAUUGCGUCCGCUGCUGGAUCACCCGGGCGACGUUACGAGGGACGAGGCCUAUCUGGCCUUCAGCCAUUUUGCGACUGAACUUCAGGCAGGCAGGCUGACGAACGACAUGCUCAUGAUCUGA